AUGUUUACAGAUUUAUCAGUUGGGCAGGGCCCUGGCCUCCUGACUCCACCAUCUGAGGUCUCCUCUACCUUCACGAGAGUCUCCAAUGCUCACUAUGCCAACCAAUCAGAAAGCUAUCGCCUGGGGGAACGCAAUUUCACUCGCCAAUAUGCCCACAUCUAUGCCACCCGACUGUUACAAAUGAGGCCACUCCUGGUAGAACGUGCUAAGAAGAAGUUGGGGUGAUGACAUAACUGUGAGGAAGUUAUGUGAGCUGCAGGGACCAGAGAGAUGCUGUGUGGUGGGGACACUGUUCAAAUCUAUGGAGCUCCAGCCAUCAAUUCUAAGGGAGAUCAGUGAAGAGCACAAUCUUCUGCCUCAGCCACCCAGACACAAAUAUAUCAGUGACUCAGAUGAGCUUAUACUGGAGGAUGAACUUCAGAGGAUUAAGCUGGAGGGGGCCACAGAUGUACAGACGUUUGUGACAGGUGCCGUUAUUGCAGUCCUCGGUUCAGAGGAUGAUGCUGGGAUGUUCAUGGUGGAAGAUUUCUGCUUGGCCUCUCUUCCCCCACAGUCUCCUCUGCCAGAACUGAGUGAGGACAGGUAUGUGCUGCUGACAUCUUGCUUGGGACUGGGCGGAGCCAGUGGGGAUAGCUUGUUGGGAUUACAGCUGCUCUUAGACUUGGUGACUGGACAGGCUGGAGCAGAGGAGGAGCAGGGCUGUGCAGCAAAGAUAUCCCGCGUCAUACUGGCUGGUAAUCUGCUCAGUGAGAACACACAGAACAAAGACUCCUUGAACAAGGCCAAAUAUCUUAGCAAGAAGACUCAAGCAGCCAGUGUGGAGGCUGUAAAGAUGCUUGAUGAGAUCCUUCUCCAGCUCAGUGGCUCUGUGUUUGUAGAUGUCAUGCCUGGUGCUUUUGAUCCAACAAACUAUGUCCUGCCUCAGCAGCCCCUCCACCGAUGCAUGUUUCCUCAGGCUGCUCCGUAUUCUACCCUUCAGCUGGUAACCAACCCGUAUGAAGCAGACAUUGAUGGAAUUAGGUUUCUGGGUUCCUCUGGACAAAACAUUACUGACAUAUUCAAGUACAGCAGUAUGCAGGAUUACCUGGAGAUCCUGGAGUGGACAUUACAAGUAGGGCACCUGUGUCCUACUGCCCCAGACACACUGGGUUGUUACCCUUUUUACACAUCAGACCCUUUUAUCCUGCGUACCUGCCCCCAUGUUUAUUUCUGUGGAAGUGCUCCCAAGUUCAGCUGUAAAGAAGUUGAAGGUCCUGAGGGCCAACGUGUUUUAUUACUCACCAUACCAGACUUCAGCAGUACACAGACAGCCUGCCUGGUGAACCUCCGUACUCUACAAUGUCAGCCAAUCAGCUUCUCUGGAUUCGGUGCAGAUGAUGAAUCAUUUAACUGA